GCAGAAUGGAAAGUGAGCAUGUGAACUUCCUUCCUCAUGCCCAACUAUUACAAUGGGCCUGCCUGACCAAAGGAAUAUUCUGAAACAGAAGUGAAUUUACUGACAGUUCAGAGCGAAAGCAAGAUGGACCUGCUGUAUGUUGCAUUAGUGAAAUUUGUUGACGAUUGACAGUUGUUUGUAAUCUAUUUGGGGAACGUAUGCGGAGCCUGGACAGAAAUCGCCAAGCACUUUCACAACACAGGAUGCCAAAUGUACUUCUAGAUGGAUGUUUGAUGAUCAUUCUGACCUUUUCAUGCAAUCUCCAAGUCUGUGUUACUCAAUGCACUGGCACAGUGUCAGCGACCCGCAGAACUCUGUUUGUGCCAGAAGGGGGCAGCGUCUCUUUACAGUGUGUGGUUCAGGACUGCGGACCGAACACCUGGACAGGAGGAUGGGGUCUGAUAGAAAGGAAUACUUUCACUCCCCUCAGGCCAUCAUCACGACUCCAUCUGUCUAAUUAUACCAUUUCAGCCAAUAGCACACGCCUGCUGGUCAACAUUCAAAACCUCAACCAAUCAGAUUCAGGGGCGUAUCAGUGCAACAUCAUCUGGGAGGGGAAUUACGCCAGUCUCGGGCAUGUAACAUAUGUCAAUGUGACUACAGGUAGCUAUGAGCACUUAACUGAACUGGCAGACAGAAAGCUCUCUCACAGGCUGCUGGUUUGUGCUGGUGCCAGUUUGUGUUUUCCUCUGGCUCUGGGGCUGGCCUGCUGUCUGUCUUCCAAACGACUUCAUUCUCCUCCCGUCCCACCACGCUUCAGAGGCACCUCUGCUGCUCGAGUUAAACCAAAAGCAGAAGUGGUAUAUGCCGCAGUGAUACUGAAGAGUCCGGAUCAGCCGAAGAGACCUCAAGCAAGAGAGCCCAUUGUCUACAGCUCACUCAGCUUCUCCACAGUCUGAGCAGACAGACUACUUACAUGCUUGGAUGAUGUCAAGACCCCCUCAAACCUGUCAGGUGUAAACAUUUUCAUGCUGUGGUUGAGCUUUUAUUGUAUUCAGGACUAAAAUCCAUAAUGUGAUGAUGGAUUCCUUAUCACAAUCUGGAUUGCUUUUUGGCUGCCUGCUGUAAGUGCUUACACUAACACAACCUUCUCCAAGUAUUUGAGCAAGUAUAUUCUACAGCAGGGCUGGAGUGAGGCACGUUUUCAGACUUGGAGUUGCACGGUGUAGACCAGCCCACUCAUACCUAUAACUGUAUUUUCUGUGCCAUGUUUUUUUUAGUAUACAAAAGGCAACACUGUUUUACUCUAUGAGAACACAAAUAAACACAUAUAAGCAGUGUGGGUACUAUCAAGGCCUUCUGUGCCCUCAGAGAAGGCCUAAUGAUUUCUGAGAAAAAAACACUUCAAUUUUAAGUUUAUUUUGUUUAAUAUAAUUAUCAUACUUCAUGUUUCUAAACUCUUCUUAAUAUGCCCAACAAUUUGUUCUCUGUGGUCUCUAGGUAGAUACAGCCAAUAAAUCUCUCUCAUUGGUUAGGCCUUCAGUAGCUGAACUGAAGUCCUAACAUUUCAGAUUGAACAUUAACAUAAUUCUGAACUAACAGAGGAGCCAACCAAUCACGUUUUGAUUUCCAAUGGGUGGGACCAAGUUUGCAAGAAAAGAUGACACUCUAAGCCUUCUGAAUAUGUUCUAGAUAUAUCACUGACUGCGAGUAAUAGUGGUAGCCUGAACUAAUGUGUUGCGGUGAGAGGAAAACAGCAGCAGCUCAAUGCCUGUGCUUUGAAAGAAUCACUGUGGAACUGCUAAAUAUAUGAGAAUGUCUGUUAAAAGCUUCAAAUAAAACACGGAAUGUCUUUUGCAAGCUUCAAAUGUCUGUGUUUAAUCUAGAAUGGCCAAAAAGUGAUCAUGUGAACCAACAUUAGCUUAGCGCUAA